CAUGGUUCCUGCUGUGGUUGAAAGUUCGCUCCCGUGGUAUAUUUGAGCGGCACAGAUGCGGUCGCACUGGUUACGGCACACAUUUCGCAUAUCAAAAGUAGCAAAAACUUAAAAACAACUGAAUAUGCCUUAAAUAUUACGCUGGCGAACUGAAAAGGAGCAGCAGGAACAUCUACUUCACAUCAUAACAGCCAGGAGAACACGUGUCCCGAAUCAUGGCAGGCCUUAAUAACUACUCCAGUCUAAAGAACUCCGAUUUCCAUCCGGUGCACAGAUUCGAGGCGAAGCACGGCCAAGGUGAUGAGUACAUCGAGAAGGAAAAGGCGGGGUCCGCCGAGUUUCGCAGCCCCAAAAAGCACCUGGGCAGCAGCGUUGAAGGCCGCGAGAAGGCGAUUGUAGACAAUAUAAAUGCCGACCAGGAUGCCAUUCAUAAAUUACAAUAUCUCACUUUAGACGAUCCCCUAUCGCUGCCGCUGGAUAAGCAUAAGUAUAUAGAUAAUCAGGAGGACGAUACAUCGAUCCGCAAGUACCUGGUCGUGGGCGUUCAGUGGGUCUCUCUGGUCACCGAGAACCUAUUGAGCCAUCCGUUUAUAGUGCUUCGUCGACAGUGCCAGGUGUUUAAUGCCUCGAAGCGAUACCACUUGCAUCCAUUCAGCCUUCUGCCCAGCAUCGUGCACCUGCAUAGGCGACAGGGCGUGACCACGCUGUGGAAGGGUGUGGGCAGCUGCUUGCUGGUGCGUGGCAUGACCUUGGCCAUCGACGAUGUCAUCUCGAAGUUCACCAGCUGGCCCAAGGACGUGGAUAGCCGCACUACACUGAAGCGAUUCGGACAGCACAUUAUCUUGAAAUGUAUAAGCAUUGGCUUGGUUGUGCCCUUCCAUGCUGCCUCCUUGGUGGAAACAGUGCAGAGCGACAUUGCCAGUGAGAAGCCCGGACUAUUCGAUGUGUUCCGCGAGGGAAGCCUCCGACUCUUCUACUGGAGUUCCCCGCAAAAGGGUCGCAUGCUACCCGCUUGGGCGCUGAUCGGGCCAAGUGUUUCGUUCGGCAUCACCAAGUAUCUGUUCAACCUGGUCAUACGCGGCAUCUCCUCGCGGAUUAUGCGGCGACGCAUAACGCUUUCCCCGGAGAAGUCUGGCAAGCUGGUCGACAGUACGCUGGAGCAUCAGAAUGCCGAGAUAUAUGCCAGCCUGAUCGCCAUGCUGACCACUGAGGUGAUAUUCUUCCCCCUUGAGACUAUUUUGCAUCGCCUGCAAUUGCAAGGCACUCGAACGAUCAUCGACAACCUGGACAAUGGCUAUGCCGUAGUGCCAAUCCUGACCAAUUAUCAGGGCUUCGUUGACUGCUAUCAAACAACGAUGGUCACGGAGGGCGUGGGCGGACUCUACAAGGGCUUCGGAGCCAUGAUCCUGCAGUUCGUUGCCCAUGUGGCUGUUAUUAAGCUGGCCAAAUGGAUUGUGAACCAGAUAACAGAGGUCAUAUCGAACAGACCGCCGCCGCGAAUAGUUCAGUACUAUAAUCUGGAUGGCAUUGCUGGGAACUCGGGCUCCACAACCAUAUCGCCGAGUGUCUCCAGCACCGAACUGGAAGUUAACAGUGUGGGACAGAGUUCAGUCGAUUAGCCGGUGUUGUCCAAUUAUUUAUGAAUACGAUGUACAUUAUAUGUUAUAAUUUAAAUCUCGAAA